CACAGCUACAAACACAACAACAACUUCUACAAACAUCCAAAAGCAUCACUCAAGCUUCCAAAGCUCAGCUUUACUACAAUCUUCCACACAAUCAUCUACUAUCUACCUUACUUUACAAACUCCCAAACCAACCUUCAAAAUGUUCAUGGGUGACCUCGUCCACUUCCGCGCUGCUCUCAGCAACGGCGUCAACCACGACAUGAUCCUGUCUCCCUCCACCACUCCCGCCACCUCCGCCGCCAACACUCCUGACAACCGCUCUCUGGCCUCUGAGAAGAAGAAGAAGCGCUUCUCCAGCUUCUUCUCCCGCCCCCGCCCUGAGAUCAAGGCUGCCAACUGCGGCGCCGGCAUGAAGCUGCCCAUGAACAUUGCCUAAACGGGGUACAACUUCAUCGAAAACAAAACAAAAACAACUUCAUCGAACUGUUUACUUGUGCUCCUGAACUGAAAGAAGGGUGGUGGAUAUUUUUUGCCUAUGCCCAGCAUUGAUGGAAUAAAUCACAAAAAAACAUAACCACACUCCUUUGGACUAUCAACGACGACAACGACAAAAACCAAAAGUUUACUUGAUUUCGACAAUCCUUUUUUCUGCUUUGUUUACAAGUUUGGGCAAUGGUUUUUUUCGGGCUGGGAGCACAAAAGUUUAUAUCAUGAGUAUUAUAUACCCAUUUGAUUCGAGACGCGAGGGAUACCUAUACACAAUAAAAGGGGGCUAGGAAAGAGAGGAGGAUUAGACACAUACACUACAUUUUAAUAAUACAUAAUCUUAUCCCCA